GGAGCCUUUUCCCUCCGCACCCCUUGGUCCCAGACCGCCCGAAGGACCCAUGGCUGCGGGGACAGGCGCGCGAGGAUGGCAGUGGGGAGAGCCACGCACGCUCGACCGGGCGGUGAAGUUGCUACAGCGCCUGGAAGAGCAAUGCAGGGACCCCAGGCUGGUCAUGGGCCCCCCGUCGCUGCGGGACCUGCUGCCCCGCACCGCACAGCUACUUCGAGAGGUGGCAAAAGCCCGGCGCGAGACCACGGGAGACCCCGAGGGUCCAGGUGGCGCCGGGGAUUUUCUGGCCAUUUACCUAGCCAAUCUGGAGGCGAAAGGCAGACAGGUGGCCGAGCUCCUGCCACCCCGAGGCAAAAAGGAUGGGAACGAGGAAGUGUUCCGGGAGGGCUCCAGAUUCAGGCGACAGCUGGCCAAACUGGCCCUCAUCUUCAGCCACAUGCACGCGGAGCUGAGCGCACUCUUCCCUGAGGGAAAGUACUAUGGACACCUGUACCAGCUCACCAAGGCCUCUGCGCACACCUUCUGGAGGGAGCGCUGUGGAGUCCGGUGCGUUCUUCCCUGGGCCGAGCUCCAGUCCCUCCUGUGUGCCUGUCACCCUGUGGAGCCAGGCCCUACCAUGCAGGCCUUGCGUUCCACCUUAGACCUCACCUGUAGCGGCCACGUGUCUGUCUUUGAAUUUGACAUCUUUACCAGGCUCUUCCAGCCGUGGCCCACCCUACUCAGGAACUGGCAACUCCUGGCUGUCAACCACCCUGGUUACAUGGCCUUCCUGACAUACGAUGAGGUCCAGACACGCCUACAGGCCUACAGGGACAAACCAGGCAGCUAUAUCUUCAGGCCCAGCUGUACUCGCCUGGGGCAAUGGGCCAUUGGGUACGUGAGCUCCGACGGAAGCAUCCUACAGACCAUCCCUCUCAACAAACCCCUUCUCCAGGUGCUCCUGAAAGGACAGAAGGACGGCAUCUACCUCUACCCUGAUGGAAGGAACCAGAACCCAGACCUGACUGAGCUUUCCCUCGCAGAAGCCCAUCAGCGCAUACAAGUGUCAGAGGAACAACUGCACCUCUAUCAAGCCAUGAACUCCACAUUCGAGCUGUGCAAGAUCUGCGCCGAGAGGGACAAGGACGUGAGGAUCGAGCCCUGUGGACAUCUGCUGUGCAGCUGCUGCCUGGCUACCUGGCAGCAGUCAGACAGCAAGACCUGUCCCUUCUGCCGCCGUGAGAUCAAAGGCCGGGAAGCUGUGAGUAUCUGUCAGGCACAAGAGAGGGCAGCGGAGGUCAGGGCCACUGCAGAUGAGUCAAGAAACCACCGUCACCAGGACGCUGCAGAGGCGGAGCUGGAGCCGGUGACUCCCUCUGUUCCGCCACUGGCCCCUGAAAAUCCGUCUCCUAAGAGACCCCAAGACAAAGGCUGGCUGACAGUGGCACCACUCACCCUGCCCAGACUCCGAGCUCCACUUCCCUUGCCAAAAGUGGCGUCAGUCCUGUGGGAUGUCACCUCCAGGCCUCAGGCCAGGGAGAGGACCACAGAAGGCUGCUGAAAGCAUUUGCACCCCUCCAGCUAGCUCUGUGGGGCCUCCCGUUGUGUCCAAGACCCAGAGGCAAGGUGAGUCCAGCUUACUUCCCCACCCUACUCCCCGUCCCAGAUAUGACUGGAUCUGAUACCACUAUUAG